UCUUCAUUCUACCUUGUAUUACUAUUUCUUCUCCCUACUAUAUCUAUGUCCAUCUCCCAUCACCAACCAAACACUGCCCUCAAAUCCAUGCAUUUUACACUCUAUCAACACGAUAACGUUAACAAGACCGGCUUCCUCAUAGUUGUAGGUGUACCCGGUCUUGUUGUUAACUCGACUGCAAGCCCCUUAGGGAGUAUAUUUGUUCUCCGAGACCCACUUACCGCCACUCGAGAUCCUUCAUCCAAGCUUCUUGGAGAAAUUGAGGGUACAUCGAGCUUCGACGGGCUCGAUAACUUGUCAAUUGGAAAGAUCACUCUUAACUUAAAGGGCCAUAAAGGUUCUAUCUCAAUUCUAGGAAGUAUUAACAAUCUUAUCAGGCCUUCUGAUGUUCCUGUGGUUGGUGGCACAGGAGAUUUCUUGUUUGUUCAAGGAUAUUUGGGUGUUUCUCUUGUUAAUUUCCAGGGUGCUAAUUUGAUCUACAAGUUGGAAUUCCAUUUGUAUUGGCCUCCUUAUGCUGCUUCAGCCAUCAUGGAUUGACUUCCUGUGGUGGUUUAUGUAAGACUCAAAUGUAUAAAUUAAUACAGUUUUUGCUGGUAUUUGAUGUGUGAAAUGU